AUGAAGAAGUUGAAUGUUCGCCACUUUGGUGUUGGUAGCUUAAUGAAAUAUGCACCAUUAUUUUCAUUGGAUACAAAAUAUGUGUUUACAAUUGGUGAUUCGUGUGUUCAUAUUUGGAGUAUAAAAACUGGCGAAUGCAUUCGACAAAUAAAUCAAGCAAAAGCAGAUAAUUCACCGAUAGUGGGAAUUUGCAUUAAUCCAACAAAUAGAUUGCAAUUGUGUAUCGGUGAACAGAAUGGAUUAAUUAACGUAUGGGAUUAUGAAGAUGGAAUUUUAAUUCAUGUACGAAUUUUAGAUAAGAAUGGUCAUUCAUUACGAAUGUUAAAAUCGAUUCGUCCAACUCAUACGACAUCUAUUGUACAAGAUAAAUUACCUUGUAUUCCAAAACAUUUAUCAUUUGAUUUAAAAGGUGAAUUAUGUUCGUUUAUCGAUGAUAAUGGUACAAUAUUAUAUAUUUUACAAAUUAAAGCAAAUAGUCAAUCUUAUUUAAAACAACAUCAUCUCAAAAAAGCUAAUUUACAACUUCAUAAAAAAUUAACAUGUUGUACGACACAUCCAACUGAACAAUGUAUCGCAACAGGGACGCAAAAUGGACAAAUUUGUUUAUGGUAUAAUUUUUUAGAUCGAGCUGAACCAACAAUAAGUUUUUUACACUGGCAUUCAUUACCUGUGAUAUGUUUAGCAUUUUCACCUGAAGGCUCCUAUUUAUUAUCUGGCGGCCACGAGUGUGUAUUAGUCAAAUGGUUUUAUCGUACAUCUCAGACAACAUUUCGUCCACGUUUAGGUGCACCAUUAUUGCAUAUUCAAUGUUCACAAGAUCAAACAACAUAUGCCAUUACACACGAAGAUAACUCUCUACACAUAAUUGGUAGUAACUUUACAAUUCAACAAACUAUUGGUGGAUUAAAUAAUUGUUUUUUAUCAAAACAAAGUGACGUACAAGCCGGUAUUCACAUAUUUAACCGUCAACAUGCUCUAGUUAUGAAUGGAAAACCUGGUCAUUUGCAAUUUAUAUCAACAGAUGAUGGAAAAUUGUUAUAUAAUUUAGAUAUUGUUGGUGAAAAUUAUGUAUCUUCAAAUGAGUACGAUGAACAACCAAUAUUUACCGAUGUUAAAAGAAUGGUAUUUGACUCUACAGAAACGUGGUUAACAACAUUUGAAGAAUGUUUCAUAUCUCCAAACGAAAAUAAUAAUGAUUUAUCAGUAGAAAGAAAAUUAAGAUUUUGGUUAUUUAAUCAAACAAAUAUGCAAUUUCAAUUGAAUACAUCUAUUAGUUAUCCUCAUAGUCAAGAUACAAUCGCACAAAUAUUGUUUCAUCCUACUCAACUAGAAUUUAUUUCAAUUGGACAUGAUGGAUUUUUUAAAAUAUGGAAUUAUAUUGACGAAAAUAUCAUUACAAAACGUGCUGCUCAUUGGCGUUGUGUAAAUGCUUACAGUCAUCGUUCUUAUUCUGGUAAUUCCUUAUGUUAUUCAUUGGAUGGUUCUUUAUUAGCCUGUGGUUUUGAUCAUAUAUUAACUGUGUGGAAUUCACCAUCUAAAAACGAAGAUUAUGAGUUGUUAAAUGUUUAUUCUCAUUUUGACUCGACAAAUAAAAUAAAAUCUCUUCAUUUUUCAUUACUAAAUCUAUAUAAAGAUCAUAUUUUUGUGUGCCAUGAGUCUUGUGUUAAUAUUUGGAAUGUAACUAAACACGUAUUUAUUCAAACUUACAAUUGGAAUGUUCAAGCUAUCACAAUGGAUCCAAAAUCAAAAUUUAUUGCUAUAUUUGAAAAAAAUUAUCUUCAUUUUUUCUCAUUUGAUGGUAAAAUUCAAACAAAAAAGAAUCCAUUGUUUAAACGAGUAACCGCAUGUCGAUACAUUCCAUAUUCACAACAAUCAACUUCUUCUUAUCCACCUAUUAAACACUCAAAACUUGUCUUUUAUAUACCUGGACAGGGCUUGAAAUGUCUCGACGAUCAUUCGAUAGAUGAGAAUGGUAAAAGUGCUUUAAUAAAAUCAUCGUUAAAUCAAGAAACAGCGUCAACUAUCGCGGCAAUUAUACAAAAUUCAAGAGGAGAAAAACGAGAAAUAACAAAACUAUUUUAUCAAGGACAAAUAACAAAUGAUAAUGAACAAUUGUUAUCAACUCCAGCCUACUUGUUACCAUCAAUUGAUUUAUAUUGUACGGCCGCAUUAAAAAGAAUGCUUAUACCAGUCCAAAAAACCCAACAACAUGAAAAAAUGAUUACCACGAGUGAUGGAGAAGAAAUUGAGAAUGGCACUGAUGAUGAUCAUUUAUCAACAAUGUCCGUUGAUGAGGAUAUCGAGCAAUUAGAAACAUGA